UUAACAGUAGACUGUUUGUUACAUUAUCAUUACAACAGAUAAAAGAAAGCCCAUACGUGCAAGGAUAGCGGCCGGCACGCGUCUCAUUAUCUGUUUCUUAUUCAAAGAAUCUCUAGUCUUUUAGUUACAAACAACGUAGAGCAAAGCCAUUGGUCAGAAUCGUAUGGCAACCUCUUCUUCGCAGGGCAUCAGUAAACGGGACUUGAACCAACAGAGGAAGGCAGACAAGUCGCGCCCCACAGCAGCGGUUCCAGAGUGCCACCAGCCCGUGCUUGAGGGCGACCCUUGCUUUAGCAUUAACUACAGUGAACACCAGUACGCAAGGUUUGGGGUCCAGAACCCCUUCUUCCUUGGCCUAUUACGCUUCCGACCUCAGCAGCCGUACGACAAGUCCUCAUUCAAGCGCCAGAGAACAUCUUCAUGCAGCAGCACCACACCAGUUGACAUCAGCUAUGAGGACGCAGCAGCCAC